GGGCCGGCCCGCUGGCAGCAGCCGGUAAAAUGGCGGCGGCGCAUCAGUCCUAUUGGCGCCUGGCGAACCUGGGCAUCCCUCCUCACCCCCAGCGCUACCAGGCGCUGCUCGACGAGUCGGAACCCUUUCAGCUCGUGUUGAAGAUUUUGGAGGGGUUACCUUUCAGAGCGAGUUUGUUGGAGGGAGUGGCGAAUGUACAGUGUCAGCUGCGACUGAGCCUCUUUGAUACAACAUACUCCCAUUUCUUUGGCAGAACUUGGAAGAGUUCUCCACAGCCCAUAAAACAUACCCACGGUCAGCCAGCAAAAGUAUCAUUUAACCAGGCUGUUUAUUUCCAUAUUUCCCUAAACUGUACUCACAUUGCGAUAAUUGUGGAGGUGGUGGCUAUCGCAAAGAAACAUGAAGGAAAUGAACAGAUCCUCUCGUGUGGGUUUGGAAUUCUUCAAUUACCAAACAGGCAGAAGCUUGCAUCAGAGGCCGAUAAAUCUAAAAAAGUUAAAAGGUUGAAUCUCUAUCAUGGCACUCCAAGAGCAUUGCUGCAUCCAGUGUCGGAGGACUCUACGGAGAGGAGUAAAUUUAUGACAUUGAUUGAAGGCAGCGCCGUCUUUUACACGCUAUUGACUCAUCCUCCCCUGAUGGAAGUUCGUCACCUCAUCCCAGAAAACCUAUUAAUCUCAGGGUCAGAUACCAUCCCUGGUUUGGCUGCAAGUACUGGGCAAACAAGUGAUGCUCUGAGGAAACCUAAUUUGCUGAAGACUGUAACCUGCUUCUUGGAUAAGCUGUCGCUUCAGUUAUACCCAACAGUGGAAAAAUUUGAAGAGGAGCUGGUGGAAUUGCUUAAUGCAGACCGGCUGCUUAAGAAUGACCAAAUUACUGAUGGAAGUACUGUUGUUAUUCAAGAACGAAGGCUGCAUGUUGGGGUACACAAUGGCUUGUGUUACGUCCAGAAGCCACAGGUGGUGGUUUUGAUACCAGCGACAAUGCAACGGAAAUCUGGGGCCAUCUCUAAAAGUUUGCUGAAGAAAUCUCUGAUUCUCAGAAGUCGCAUCCAGCUGACAGAAAUGGUUAAACAUGAAUUCUUUGGUAUACUUUUCCACUUGGAGUAUGUGUUCCACACCUCCACAGGACAAAGAAAGGCCUCUAGCAUGUCAUUGGAAAACACUGCAUAUAUGCAAACACUGAGGUGGGCGGUUUGGAAUCCAUUCUUGGGACCCAACAGCAACUCUGAUAUAAUAGUAUCACUUCAUGGUGGACCCUCACCCAACCCAUGCAAUUUGCUGGUUUACAAAACUCCCUCCACGGAGAUGAGUUCAGAUGAGGUGAAACAGGUUGAAUCGGGUACCAUCACCUUCCAUUUCUCAUGUCGUGCAGAUCGGCAUUUGAGCUCGAGUCCUGAGCAGCCAGCGAAUACACCUGAUAAAAAAUCCCAGUUGUCCUCUUCAUCCUUGUGGAAAACCUCAGAAUCUUCCGGGCCUCAACACGGGACAGGGGAAGCUCUGCAAAGAGGAAGCAUCAUUUAUAUGGACUCAAAUGCUGUUCUGAAUGCCCAGACAUUGGAGCAAUUGCAUGAAUUGCCUUUCACAUCAAUGCAGGCACCAAUCAUGGCCAUGGGAACAGAGGUUGGAGGGACAACUACUGUGAUUUCAAGGGCAUCUUUGGCACAAAUGCAGGCAUUUGGCUUUCCUGAGAUCCGAGAUGAUAAAAAUGAACUGGCAGUGGUAAUUGAUUCAGAAAAGCUACCAAGCAUGAAUCUACGGAUGGAAGGAGAAGAUCAUCUUCAGUGCAACGAGAUAAUUCUGCAAUUCCUGGCUUACAGCAGGGUACCUCGGGAAAGUGAUCAUCCAAGAUCAGUCUACUUCACCUUUCAGUUUUAUCGCUUUCCACCAGUUACAACCCAACAGCUGCAACUUGUGAAGAUGAAAAAAAAGGGAUCUAAAAGUUCCAUGCAUUUCAUCCUGGUACCACUAAAUAAAAAUGGCAUUGGUAAUAUAGAUUCCCCAGGGUUGGAGCUGAAAUUUAUGGUGGAACCCAGUCUCAUGAAGGAUGGAGAACAGCGGUGGUUUAUGCAGUACCUGGCCUUGCAGACACUGCAGAUUGAUGUCUGGGAUGCAGAGUCUUUGCUUUUGAUUGGCACUGCUUCUGUUGACCUGAAGCAUUUGCUACGUCACGGUCUUUCUGCAGUCCAGGUGUCCCAUGAACUGGAGGUGGUAAACACAGACUAUGCCCCAGAUGUACCGUUGUCCGUAUCUGAUUUCACAAAUCAUGGUGCCGUUAAGCCUUAUGGAGUGACAACAGUAAUAAAAGGAAAGCUACAUCUGCGCCUAGGAAACGUUGGUCACCGGAGUGAGCAGAGAGUGAAGAGACCUUUGCCUACUCAUCAGUCCAAGAUCAUUUCUGCCCAUGACAAUACCAGCAGGUUUCACGGAGGAAGUUUGACUACUCUAACUGUAGGGAACAUAAAUGGUUACAAGGUGUACAGAGCACAGCGUUUGGUGGACCUAGAUGGUGAGCUGGCCUCAGUCCUUUUUUCCAGAGCAAGGAUCAACAGUGUUGGGCAGAUGCAAUCAGACAGCGACGGAGAGAUCAUUCGCAAACGGAAGCUGAGCCGGAUGAUAUCUGUUCGACAGCAGGAGUCUGGCACUGAUCUUCAAUCAAAGAGUCACAUUCUGGGAAAGCGUGAAGAACGGAUCCAGCAUGAGCGAGACCUGCAGGUCAUAGAAGCAUAUCGCGAGCAACUCAAAGCACAGAACAUCAACAAGAUGUUAUCCCUGGCCAUUACCACACAGUUCACAUUGUACUCUACACUUGGGAAUGCUGAAUUUUUUGAAUUUACUCUGAAAAAUCCUUACAGUGUUCAGCACACUGUAACAGUUGAGUGUGAACAUCCAGAACUCAGUGUCAUUGUGAACAGCAGAGAAUGGAAGUACUUCAAGAACCUGAGCAAAGUACAGACCCCUUUGGAAGAGGAUAUGUUCCACAUUGACGGAGGUGUACAGUUCCCACAAAUCUACCUACGGCCCAAAGAGACUGUCUAUAUCCCAUUUAAAUAUCAAACCUUCAGCGUUGAUCAUUCUGUUGCCCCACAGGGUCCAUCUGAUGGGAGUCUUGCUAGAAAGAACCUGAUCAAUCGGGAACAGCCCCACACACCCAAGAAGAUUGAAGUAUAUUUUAAAAUAGAAGAUCAGAAGCCAAUUGCUAUCCUCCACGUGAGUGUUGAGGCUCAGCCAUAUGUGAUUGAUCAGACAUUCCGCUUUUACCAUCCCGAGCUUACAUUUUUGAAGAAGUCUAUCCGCCUCCCACCAUUUCAGGUUUUGACAGAUAUGAAGGUGAAGGAAUCACAAGCCGAGUUUCAAAUAUAUGUCCGUUGCACCGAUUUAAACGUCAUUUGUAACACAAAGAAAAUGGCUCCCAAUGAACCCCAAGAUAUUUUCUUGAAAGUGGCAUGUGGACCCACUCCAGAGAUCAAGAAGUUUUUUGUCCUGAUUUACAUGGACCCCUGGCUGGCCAUGCCUAUCCAGAUAUGGCAGUUCUAUGUACAGUCACUCCAGCGGGUAGAUGUCAACUGUGUGGUGGGCCAGCUAGCCCAAUUGUCACUGGUGUUGCGAGGCACACAAUCUGCCAGAAAGGUGGCUGCCUACACCUCAGACCCUGAACAGAUUGAGAUUACGCCAUCAGAUGUCUUUACACUUCCACCACAUGUGGUCAAAGAUCUGCAUCUUCGCAUCCGGCCUCAGAUAGAAGGAGAGAGAUGCAUCUAUCUGAAUGUGGUAGAUGUAGAUUUCCAUCAGCUGGUGGCUUCUUGGCUUGUGUGCUUAACCUGUAAACAACCCACCAUCUGUAAGGCCUUUGAGAUCUCUAUUUCUGUCGAGGAAGGGAAAGGUAUCAACAAGCGGAUCAAUUACACCAAUCCCUACCCAACAAAACGAUUGUACUUCCUGCGAACCAAUCGCGCUGAUUUACUCCUGUUCAAAGAAGAUUCUUUUGAGCUUGAAGGUGGUGAAACCUACCACAUAGGCCUACGGUUUGCACCAGUCCUGAAUACUGGGGAGGAGGAAAUCCUGGUUUUCAUUAAUGAUCAGGCAGAAAACAAUGAAGAAACUUAUUGUGUGAAAGUAACAUACCAAUAAAAUCAUACUUGAAUGCCAGAUGCACCGGAGUGUGUGAAGUCACUUCAUUUUAAGAAAGAUACAACCCUCCGCCAUCAACCUGUGGAAGGAUCGUCACUGCUGAAGCUCAUGUGCACAUGCCAGUCUGUCAAUUAAAUCCCUUGGACAAGAUUUGACUGCUGCACCAGCAGGAAAGCUUUCAGUUCCAUUUUAAACUGCAACAAAGUGACUGCUACUUGUCAGGCUGGUACUCUGCUUCAUACUGCAUCAAAUGAUUGCCAAAUCAUGGGAUUGUAUCACUCGAUUCACACUUUGCUCUCUCAAUCCAAACUGUUUUGUUGCCAAAAUGUAAUUCUUGCCUCUAAUGUGGUACUGGUUGUAGAUAAUAGAAGAGGUCCAAGCAUCACUCAUAAAUAUAAUUGCUUGCUUUAGUUUCCAUAACAUGGUUCCUCUCUGUCGGCUGAAAGCCUUAUCUUUAUUUUCAUUAACUCAAAGUCCUCCUGCUCCAACAGACUUCUCGCCAAUCUUCCAAGCUGCAUCCUGGACAAUCUCCAAUUCAUCGAGUGUGCAGCUGCCCAACUCUUUUGCAAUGUCCCAUUCACUCAGCAGUGCUUUUCUUCAACAGCCAUUGGCAAUAGUUCAAAUCAAAUGAAAAUUACAAUUUUGGUUAUCCUUUUAAAAUCUCUCCAUGAAUUAUAGUAAUUGACCUUUUCAAUAUUAUGGCCUUAUGACCCACAUGAUGUACUGUUAACUUUCACGUGUGUCCUUAUGUGACAUUAUUUCCAGCUAGAAUGUUUUAAAUAUUAGAGUCUUCAUCUUCUUUUGUGCAAAGCUUCCUAACUACUUGCAUCUUCUCUAUCUGUUUUUAAAAUCCUUUUGGAAUAUUCUGUUGGGUAACUCUUCUGUUUCUUCUUCCUGAUCUGUAUAGUCGUUUGCGGGCAUUAGACUGUGUUAAAUAUACUGGACAGAUACAACUACUACUUCCUUGUCAACGUGCAGCAACUGACCAAACAAGAACCAGGAAAUCCUACUGGCAGAAUGUACUUGAUCAACACUUUUCCUACUCUCCUUAAAGUCAAGGAGGGUUCUUGCAAAUAAUUCAUGCCCUCCCCCAGCCUCUAAUCCACACAGAGCGCUCCUCUCCUCAUCCCUUCAAGCCCCCGCACAAAGUCUUCCUACUAAUCCUCACUCCUCCCCACCUGAUGUGCUCCUCAUCACCCUCUCCCCAUCCCUUGCACAGUGUGUAGCUGCUGGUUCUCUCACCAAAACAAUCUUCUGCUGGUCCUUAACCCAGUCUCUCCCCCACCCCCAACACAAUGCUCUCUGCUUGACCUCUUCCCCUCACCCACAUAGUUCUCCUCCUGAUCCCGUUGCCACUGCACGCUACACCCAAUGCUCCUACCAGUCCUCUAACUUCUCACUGAGUGUGCCUGCAGGUAUAGCCUUGCAUGCAAUACUCUGAGAGCCUCUUUGUUUAUCUGUAUUCUGAUACCACAGACUUUGGCACUGAGUAUGAUAAUAAAGAUUUUCAUUUUAUCUCCUUCAAACACUUCUGGUAGAGUGGCACCAGAGAAAUAAGAUCUAUGGAAUUCAACUACAUGAUAGUUGAAAGUUAGCUGAUGUUAUCAAGGGAACAUCAGAACUUGUAACAAGGUCUGUGUGGAGGUGCUGCUGAAGCAACGACAGCUCAAAGGAUUUGGGACCUUGAAGUGUAUAAUCCUUUGUAAAAACCUACUGACAUGUUCAUUCUGGUUUUAUAAUGUAAACAUACAGAUGUUGUUUUCCAUACUGAUGGAAAGAAAAUAAUCUGCAGGGCUCUGGGAAUGUGGCAGGGGAGUGGGACUGGGGGCGUGGCUAAUGUAUUGAGUUAGCACAAACCUAAUGUGCCAAAGGUCCUCCUUCCAUGUUGCGACGUUCCCGUGAUUCUGUGUGAUCAGGCAUGUCUGUGCCCAAAUGCAACAUUUGCUCUGACAGUGUUUGUAUUGACAGACGGUAUCAUAUCUUAUAAGUAGUGUCCGCAGAUGUGCUUGGUGUCCUCAAUGACAGACAGUCUCCGUGUUGUUAGGUAGCAAGCAGUCACAGCAUUAACAGGCAGAGUCCUCGCGGGCAAUCAUUCCCUACAUUGACAGGUUUCAUACUUAUUUAACCGGCAAUCUCCAAAUUGGCAGGCAGUGCCUACGGUGAUGGGUAGUCUUUGCGUUAAUAGGUAGUGCCCACAGUGACAGACUGUAUCCACUGACUGAUGAUGUCUUGACUGGCACACUGACAAGUAUUGUUCACGUUGAUAAAUGGUGCACAUACUGCAAGGUGAUGUCCACAUUGACAGGGUGGCCCCACAUUGACAGCACCACCAGCAUUAACAGGCAUCACCUGAACUGACAUGCAAUUGAUUAGAAGUUGACUUCAAAGUAUAUAAUGUUUAU